UUAUCGUUCCUCUUUGCCGUAGACACAAGAAAUGCCCGGAAGCCAAAACUACGCAUUGAUAGUACAUAUCAGAGCAGUGCAGACGGAACACUAUCAGUGAACUGUGAAAGAAAUGCAUGUAGACCUCUAAUGCAUCCUUUGGAAAUGUGACAUGUUUGGUGAUUUAGUGAAAAAUUGCGAUACAGCCGGUUGAUAUAAGACAGAAAACGGGAUACGAGACAAUAGAAAACGGAUGCUGUGUUAGGAUGUGGGCGGAAUCAUGACGUCAUAGCAGGGGGCGUGGCGUAGGGGCGAUAGAGAGCGAAUCGUGCGCCCAUGCCUGGCCAUGGGAGGGGCGUGACCUUGCCUCUCUGACCUAGGGAUGAUGGAGGCAUCAGGUGAGAUCGGACUUGCUAAUAUGGUGAGGAGGGCGAGUCUCGGCAGCCAGCCCACGCAGGACCGAUGGGUGUGUCCCAACGACCGCCAUCUGGCACUCAGGGCCAAGUUGAAAAUGGGCUGGUCCACGUCGCAGCCCGUGCCCGUGACCCGCCAGGACUCGCUCUCGGAGACGGAGACCAAGAUCAUCCUCGAGGUGAUCCAGAGGGCGGAGAAGCUCGACCUUGUGGAGCAGGAGAGGAUAGGACGUCUUGUGGACCGAGUGGAGGCGAUGAAGCACCGAGCACAAGGAAACGGCGCCAACAACUGUAUUUUGUGUGGUGAGGGGCUG